AUGUCGGAAACUAUUCAUUUCUACAAGUGGGCUGUCACCAGCCAGGUGUUCUUCAAGUCCAAGUAUACGUUUGCCCUCGUUAACCUCAGGCCAUUGGUGCCUGGGCAUGUGAUGGUAGUUCCACUCAGAACUUCAGUGCAACGUUUCACCGACCUCUCGCCUGAAGAAUCGGCUGACUACAUGAACACCCUCCAAUUGAUUCCCAAACUCAUCACCAAGGUGUACAAGGCCGAUUCGCUCAACAUUGCCAUCCAGGAUGGUCCUGAGGCCGGCCAGUCCGUCCCCCACUUGCACACCCAUAUCAUUCCUCGUUACAAGACGGACGGGUAUGGCGACGGGAUCUACUCCAAGUUAGAGCGGAACGACACGGCAGCGUCCUACGAGGAGUUUGAGAAGCGCAAGGCUGCGUUCAGAAAGAGCUUGGACUCCAAGAGCGAGCUCAGUGUGCCAGACGAAGACCGCCAGGACCGUACUGCUGAAGUCAUGAGCCGCGAAGCUGAUUGGUUGAGGAGCGAGUUGGAGGCCCUUGCCUGA